AGCAAAAUAAAAAUAAAAACACGAAAGCGUUUAUUAUUUUUUGUUCAUCAUCGUCGUGCUACAUAAUCAUUACCUUUCUUCUUCUUCUUCUUCGCCUUCACGCAGCUCCAAUCUCACACCACCUGCAUUUCUCUCUUUCACGAUUCUUUUGAUUUCGCAUUUUUCUUUUGCGUUGGGUCAGACUCAGAUCGACGAAGAGGUAAUCAUUGUGAGGUAGACGAAGAGAGGUUUUUGAGGAGAAACCGUGAAGUCAAAGAAACGAUGUCGUUUACAGGAACUCAGCAGAAAUGCAGGGCGUGCGAGAAGACAGUGUACCCUGUGGAGCUUCUCUCAGCUGAUGGAGUCUCUUAUCACAAGUCUUGCUUCAAAUGCUCUCACUGCAAAAGCAGACUUCAACUGAGCAACUAUUCAUCAAUGGAAGGAGUGGUGUACUGUAGGCCUCAUUUUGAGCAGCUCUUCAAGGAGUCUGGUAGUUUCAGCAAGAACUUUCAAUCUCCUGCAAAGCCAUUGUCUGAGAAGGCAACCCCUGAGCUGACAAGGACACCUAGUAGAGUUGCUGGAUUGUUCUCUGGAACGCAAGACAAAUGCGCUACUUGCAGUAAAACCGUGUAUCCUAUCGAAAAGGUAACUGUGGAGAGUCAGUGUUACCAUAAAUCUUGCUUCAAGUGUUCUCAUGGAGGCUGUCCGAUUUCUCCAUCAAACUACGCAGCACUCGAAGGAAUUUUGUACUGCAAGCACCAUUUCGCUCAGCUUUUCAAGGAGAAAGGAAGUUACAAUCACCUUAUCAAAUCUGCUUCCAUCAAACGUGCUACUGCUGCUGCUGCUGCUACUGCUGCUGCUGCUGCUACUGCAGCUGCAGCUGUAGCAGCCGUUCCCGAUUCUUGAAUUCCCAAAAUUUGAUGUUAAACAGAUUCAGUUUAUUUGUCUUUUGUAUCUGUAAUGUGUUUUCUUAUUACCUGUAUUCACUUCUUCAUGAACCAAGCAUAACAUUCUCUGAGGUCUCUCUUGAGGUUUUUUUC